AUGCCUGACCACUUUCCCAUGGAGGAGAACCUGCAAAAGGUCAUGUCAGCCACAGAGGGUGCCAUCAUAGUAACCCCUCACGAGUCACGACGAGAUUCACUACCCGAUUCGCUUUCCGACUCACACUCGGAUUCAUCGGAUCAAGACUCGGAGGUGACACAUGAACCAAUCCAGGAACGAUAUGAUAACCCAUCAUACUCUCGUUUUCGACGGGUGGCUUCAAAAACAGUCGUUUCCUUCGGGCCAAACGAUCCAGAAAACCCAGUGAACUGGAAGAAGACAAGAAAAUUUCUAGUCCUUCUCGCCGGUGUUAUGCAGGUCAUGAACAGUACCAUCGGCUCGUCUAUCUGCAGUAAUGCUAUCCCGCAAAUCGCUGAAGAGUUUAACAUUACCAAUCAGCAGAUGCUGGUUCUACCCAUCUCUAUAUUCCUGAUCGGCUACAUUUUAGGCCCACUGGUAUGGGGCCCUAGCUCCGAAUAUUUUGGGCGCCGACGUCCUUUACUCGUCGCCUUCAUCGGAUUCAUGAUCUUUACACUAGCCUGCGCUGUGGCUAAUUCUUAUGCCUCGCUGUUGAUAUUCCGACUCUUUAAUGGCAUGAUGGCAUCUUCUCCAAUCGCUACCACCGGAGGCUUGUUUGCUGACGUUCACGACGACCCAACCUUGCGAGGUCGCCUUAUGGCGUACUAUAUGGCUUGUACUACCUUUGGUCCGAUUAUGGGUCCCUGGAUUUCCGGAUUUGUUGCCGUCGUUAGUUGGCGGUGGUGCUUCUGGAUUGGGCUCAUUUGUUCCGGUGCAACUUUGCCCUUGGUCAUCUUCAUGCCUGAAACAUAUGGCCCCGUCAUUCUGACACACCGGGCUAAGAAGUUACGGAAGGAAACCGGAAAUUCCAACAUUGUGUCGCCCUUGGAGCUUGAGAGCCGCGACCUUCGCAGAAUGUUCAUCAUUACCAUCUCUCGGCCCUUCCGAAUGAUCUUCCACGAGUCAAUUGUCUCCCUGACAUCGUUGUACCUGGCGCUGGCAUAUGCAAUCUUCUACCUGUACUUUGAGGCAUAUCCAAUUAUUUUUCAAGAUCUCUAUGGUAUGAGUGCCGGAGUUUCAGGACUUAUGUUCCUGCCUAUUGGUGUUGGUGCACUCUUGGCUUGUGUGGUCUUCAUCUGGUAUGAUGGAUUCCUUGCUCGAGCUAAAGCUCGCGAAGCAAAGUGGGCGAAUAUUGAAGAAUAUCGACGACUUCCACUUGCUUGCAUUGGAGGUCCCCUGUAUGUCAUCUCACUCUUCUGGGUGGGUUGGACAGCGUCUCCUAAUAUCCAUUGGGUCGUGCCCUUCCUCUCAGGUAUCCCAUUCGGAAUGGGGUACUUGCUGAUCUUUAUGGCAAUGCUGAAUUACCUCACCGACGCUUAUGAGACGUUAUCAGCGAGUGCUCAGUCUGCAGCCAGCUGCACACGAAGUAUCCUGGGUGCAGUUCUCCCUCUUGCUACUAGGCCCAUGUUCAACAAGUUGGGUAUCCACUGGGCGUGUAGCCUAAUCGCAUUCCUCAGCCUUGGAGUUUCUAUCAUUCCUUUUGCUUUCAUUCGCUACGGCGACCGCAUCAGAAGCAACAGCAAAUUCUGCCAAGAACUGAAGAGAAUCAAGGAAUUGGAGCGCCUCGAAAUUGAGAGAGAGGAGCGUCUACAAAAGGAUUCCAACAAUUUGGAGAUCAUUCCAUCAGCCAACACUGGCCAAAUUUCUCGAAUCGACACGGCGCGCAGUCAUGCGGACAAAGCAUCUAUCAUCUGCUAA